AAACAAAAUGAUGUCUGCCUCAUUGUGAUAGUUUUGCCAAAUUUUGUGGUCUAUCCGCUGGUAAAUCUCAACAAUAGGAAUGCAGUUUCAGUUGUUAAAAAAAUCCAUAAUUUGGGUUUUAUGUUUAUUAAAUGCGUUGUGCUUCUUCAUAGAUGGAAUAAUGGUGCAGAUCACUCCAGAAACUAUGGAGGGCUUGCGUCAAGCUCUGAGUGAAAAAAAAGACUUUCAAAUUACAUGUGGUAAAGUGGAUUCAGGAGAUUUCAGAGAAUAUGUAGACAUUUGUUGGAUAGAAAAUGAUGAGAAAACAAACAUGAGAAUUACAAGUCCGAUAGAUGGGAAAUCUAUGGAAGGAGUACAGAGUGAAAAAAUAGUUCAAGAAGAAUGUUUUGAAGUGGAUGGAAAACUUGUAAAAUGUACAGAAGUAUUCUAUCUGUCAAAGGUUAGCGAGCUACACAAUAGUGUUCAUCAGCUUGCUAAAGAAAUUGCAUUGGCUUCUUAUAUUGCCCUUGGAAAACAUCUCAAAACACUGAAAAAUAAUGGAAUGAACAAAAUAGGCCUCAGAGUCUCCAUGGAUGUCGAUAUGGUAGAAUAUCAGGCGGGAUCUGGAGGCCAGGUUCUUCCACAGCAUUACUUAAAUGAUUUGGAUAGUGCUUUGAUUCCAGUAAUUCAUGGCUGGAUAUCCAAUACUACAAGUUUACCACUGGAAAUGGAAUUAAUAUUUUUCAUUAAUGAGUCUCUUUUAAUAUAACUGGCAAGUUUAUGAUAAUGUAAUGAACUGAAUUGCUCUAUUCACCAGUACCAAAGCAGUUAACAUUACAUUAUGAAUGAAAUAUUCAAGUGUUUUUAUGCCAAUGAUUAAGCAGUCUUCUAAGAGAGCUUUAUUUAAUUAAAAGUUGUUUUUCCAUCUUUACUUAAACAGGAAAUUAAUGAAACUUUCUUUAUGUUCUGAAAUGUUACAUUUAAUACAAUUAAGGCAAGGAAGGAAUAGAGUUAGCAUGUGUGAUUAAGGAAUUAUCUCCAUUUUACAGAUAAUUUUAAUAUUCUUUGCGAUUACUGGUAAAUCUAGUGAAUUAUUCUUAACUAUUUUGGGUGAUUUGUAAAAAAAAAACAUUUAAGUGGACUGGAAGUUUCUUGCUGCAUAGUUCAGAUAUAAAAGCUGUUAAUUACUAGAAUAUUGGCAUAAUUAUCCUAUCUUGAAAAUGUUUCUACAAGUAUAAUUAUCUUUAUGAUGAAACCAAUGUGUUUUUGCCAGAUGUGAUCAUUUUAUAAAGCUAUAAAUUUUUAAUAUUGGUAUAUUUUAAAGUAUAUAUUAUUGCUGGAACUUGAGAGUUCCCAUUUUAAUGGCUGACUUUGUUAUAUAUUUAUAAUGGCUUUAAUGAAUAUAAAAUUAAUACUUUUUAUAUUAAAUACUUAAUAAUGUUGUAUUCUUCUGUGCUCAGAUAUAUAGCUGUUUCUUGGAUUUUCCAAGAAGUAAUAAGAAGUCAGAUGACCCUUAAAGUAGUCAUCUUGUAGCAGUAAAUCAGGCACGAAGCCUGUCUAUGCUCCUUUCUCUACUUUUUGAGACCUCUUGUAUCCCUGUUUAUGUUCAGGGACAACAAUGUGUUAGUUUGCCACAAAAUACCUGAGGCUCUUUAUAGAAGUCUUAUUUUUGUAAUGGGUUAUUUUCAAUAAGUAAGCAUUUAUGUACCAGAAAAAUGAUUGAUAUUACUACUCAAGUAACCUAAAUCAAGUCUGAUAAUGCCUGCACAUUGUUGCUGUUUGUUGUAUACUAUAGGAAAUUGUAUGUCGGUGUGUCUUUGAAUUAUUUAUACUUAUAUUCCUAUAAUGGAAAACAUAUCAUAUUCUAAUUAUAACUAUGCCUUGACAUCAGAUGUGUACAUGAACUACAGUUACAAAGGCAAUUUAUUGUUCAGAUAUUUGACAAAUACAGAAUCAAGGCACAGAAGUGUAGAAGACUCCAAUAAACUAGUCCCAUGGGCCAUUGUAAUGAAAACAUUGUAUUCCUUUGUAUCAAGAAUUGUAAAUUUGUUGUAGACUAAAUGUUACAUAAUAUGCACCUGUUUCUCUGUUCUGCUACUGUUGAACAUAUGAUGGCAGCAGACAAUGUUAAAUGUUUGAAGCAUUGAUCCAUACUGUAUAAUGACUUCUCGAGACACAAUUUUGUAUAGCACCAAGAUUUAUUCUGUAUUAAGAGCUGUUUCGUUCUCUGGAGGAUGAUCCUUUUAUAACUAAUUAAUAACAUUAGGCUUUUAUUUUAGAAUAUAAGUAUUACUAUAUAAACAUAAAGAUUAUCAAAAA